GUCCUUUGUUAAUAACAACAUGGCAGCCUUAUGUGGAGUUAGACACCGGUGGAAACGCACCAACUGCAUUCAAAUUCUUACGAGAAACUUGACUGGUAGGGAGGUUGUUUCCAUAUUACUAGUUAGCUAGUGACAAACUGAGAGAUUAUAGCACAGCGUUUAGUUUUUUUUAUUUGCUACAUUACAGUGGCUAACAUGACCCUGCUAGUUAAGCUAGCUGUCACUGCCAAGCAAGCUGUCAGUGUCAACUAUUCCUUGUCGACAAUAAGUGUCUUUGGUAGAAUAACGUGCUCUUUUCAAAUGACCUUCACUCAGCACUUGUCAGCUUGGUUUCUAGAUGAGUAACCUCAUGUAUACAUUCUGGCUGUGUGUUUAUUAUGGUAUCACUAUCAGCAUUGUCCCAAUAGAGAUUGAAUGGGAAGGCAUUUGGUUUGUUACAGGUACAAUUCACUAUGAUCUCGUCGUUAUUGGUGGUGGCUCUGGAGGUCUGGCUUGUUCCAAAGAAGGUGAGUGUCUCAAUCUUAGCAUUAGUAUUACAAUACGUUAUGCGAUAGGGACUUACCUGUGUGAAGUCAGUGUUCUUUAGCAGGUUUAAAGCUUAUUUCCUGCAGUUCUAUACAUUUUGUCAUUUGUCUUAUGUGUGUUCAUAUGAUAUUUGAGUGAGUCAAACAUUGCAACAAAAUCAAUGGGCUAAAAAAACUAGCUAAAAAACGUUAGCUGACAUGGGCUAGUUGAUCUUGACAUUUCUGACAAGUUACAAAUAACGUUAGCUCUCUUUGGUCUGCAAUGACUGACAUGACUAAAGGAAAACUGCUGAUGCAAUACUCAAUUUUGAAAUUGCACCUUGUGCAUUCUACUAUUACAACUUUCAGGAGUAAGUUGAAAGCUGGCCUGAGCCCCCCAGUAAAAUACUGCUUUAGUAAAAGUAUUUGGUUUGAAAUAUACUAAAGUAUCAAAAGUAAAUGUAAAUGUAUAAAUCAUUUCACAUUGCUUUUAUUAAGCAUACCAGAUGGCACAAUUUUCUUGUUUUUUUAUUGUAAGGAUAGCCUGGGGCACACUACAACACGCAGACAUAAUUUAAAAAACGAAGCAUUUGUGUUUUGUGAGUCCACCAUAUCAGAGGCAGUAGGGAUGACCAGGGAUGUUCUUGAUAAGUGUGUGAAUUGGACCAUUUUCCUGUCAUGCUCAGCAUUCAUAAUGUAACGAGUACUUUUGGGUGUCAGGGAAAAUGUAUGGAGUAAAAAGUACAUUAUUUUAUUUAGGAAUGUAGUGAAAUAAAAGUAAAAUAUGUCAAAAAUAUAAAUGGUACAGUACAGAUAUACAAAAAACGACUUAAGUAGUACUUUAAAGGAUUUUUACUUAAGUACUUUAGACCACUGGGAACCACUGUUCUUGAGGAUAGUAUACAAUCAUGUACCCCAGAUGGUUUGUCCUAUAUACAGUGGGGAAAAAAAGUAUUUAGUCAGCCACCAAUUGUGCAAGUUCUCCCACUUAAAAAGAUGAGAGAGGCCUGUAAUUUUCAUCAUAGGUACACGUCAACUAUGACAGACAAAUUGAGAAAAGAAAAUCCAGAAAAUCACAUUGUAGGAUUUUUUAUGAAUUUAUUUGCAAAUUAUGGUGGAAAAUAAGUAUUUGGUCACCUACAAACAAGCAAGAUUUCUGGCUCUCACAGACCUGUAACUUCUUCUUUAAGAGGCUCCUCUGUCCUCCACUCGUUACCUGUAUUAAUGGCACCUGUUUGAACUUGUUAUCAGUAUAAAAGACACCUGUCCACAACCUCAAACAGUCACACUCCAAACUCCACUAUGGCCAAGACCAAAGAGCUGUCAAAGGACACCAGAAACAAAAUUGUAGACCUGCACCAGGCUGGGAAGACUGAAUCUGCAAUAGGUAAGCAGCUUGGUUUGAAGAAAUCAACUGUGGGAGCAAUUAUUAGGAAAUGGAAGACAUAAAAGACCACUGAUAAUCUCCCUCGAUCUGGGGCUCCACGCAAGAUCUCACCCUGUGGGGUCAAAAUGAUCACAAGAACGGUGAGCAAAAAUCCCAGAACCACACGGGGGGACCUAGUGAAUGACCUGCAGAGAGCUGGGACCAAAGUAACAAAGCCUACCAUCAGUAACACACUACGCCGCCAGGGACUCAAAUCCUGCAGUGCUAGACGUGUCCCCCUGCUUAAGCCAGUACAUGUCCAGGCCCGUCUGAAGUUUGCUAGAGUGCAUCCAGAAGAGGAUUGGGAGAAUGUCAUAUGGUCAGAUGAAACCAAAAUAUAACUUUUUGGUAAAAACUCAACUCGUUGUGUUUGGAGGACAAAGAAUGCUGAGUUGCAUCCAAAGAACACCAUACCUACUGUGAAGCAUGGGAGUGAAAACAUCAUACUUUGGGGCUGUUUUUCUGCAAAGGGACCAGGACGACUGAUCCGUGUAAAGGAAAGAAUGAAUGGGGCCAUGUAUCGUGAGAUUUGAGUGAAAACCUCCUUCCAUCAGCAAGGGCAUUGAAGAUGAAACGUGGCUGGGUCUUUCAGCAUGACAAUGAUCCCAAACACACCGCCCGGGCAAUUAAGGAGUGGCUUCGUAAGAAGCAUUUCAAGGUCCUGGAGUCUCCAGAUCUCAACCCCAUAGAAAAUCUUUGGAGGGAGUUGAAAGUCCGUGUUGCCCAGCGACAGCCCCAAAACAUCACUGCUCUAGAGGAGAUCUGCAUGGAGGAAUGGGCCAAAAUACCAGCAACAGUGUGUGAAAACCUUGUGAAGACUUACAUAAAACGUUUGACCUGUGUCAUUGCCAACAAAGGGUAUACAACAAAGUAUUGAGAAACAUUUGUUAUUGACCAAAUACUUAUUUUCCACCAUAAUUUGCAAAUAAAUUCAUUAAAAAUCCUACAAUGUGAUUUUCUGGAUUUUUUUUCCUCAUUUUGUCUGUCAUAGUUGACGUGUACCUAUGAUGAAAAUUACAGGCCUCUCUCAUCUUUUUAAGUGGGAGAACUUGCACAAUUGGUGGUUGACUAAAUACUUUUUUUCCCCACUGUAUGAAGGUUUGUAUAUGUGGGAUAACGUCUAAUCUAAUGUCUAAUUCACAGGAGGUUGGUGGCACCUUAAUUGGGGAGGACAGGCUUGUGGUAAUGGUUGGAGUGUAAUAAGUGGAAUGGGAUCAAACACAUGGUUUCCAUGUGUUUGAUGCCAUUCCAUUCGUGCCGUUCCAGACAUUAUUAUGAGCCAUCCUCCCCUCAGCAGCCUCCACUGGUCUAAUUGCAGCUUUACUGAACAUGACAAUUGACCAAAACAUAAUGUACUUUGUUUUCAGCGGCUCAGCUAGGACAGAAAGUUGCUGUGUUAGAUUAUGUGGAGCCGUCAGUUAAAGGUAAGAGAAAUGUUAUACUGACUGUACAUUCCAUCAUAAUCAUCUUGACUUGAACCGUAAUGCAUUUCUCCUUCCUUGUCUAGGAGUAAAGAAACAUUAUGCAUGUUGUGACCAAUCUGCAAGAAUAUAGAAGAUUUAAAAAAAUCUCAUGCUACCCUUUCAGGUACUAAGUGGGGCAUUGGUGGUACUUGCGUGAACGUGGGCUGCAUUCCCAAGAAGCUUAUGCACCAGGCUGCUCUGCUGGGCACAGCUCUGAAAGACGCUCAGAAAUAUGGCUGGCAAAUCCCUGGGCCCAUCUUCCAUGACUGGUAAAUCUCAUUAGUACGAGAACAAUAGAAACCUGUGGAUAUGCAUACACUGCUCAAAAAAAUUAAGGGAACACUUAAACAACACAUCCUAGAUCUGAAUGAAUGAAAUAAUCUUAUUAAAUACUUUUUUCUUUACAUAGUUGAAUGUGCUGACAACAAAAUCACACAAAAAUGAUCAAUGGAAAUCAAAUGUAUCAACCCAUGGAGGUCUGGAUUUGGAGUCACCCUCAAAAUUAAAGUGAAAAACCACACUACAGGCUGAUCCAAGUCAAAAUGAGGCUCAGUAGUGUGUGUGGCCUCCACGUGGCUGUAUGACCUCCCUACAACGCCUGGGCAUGCUCCUGAUGAGGUGGCGGAUGGUCUCCUGAGGGAUCUCCUCCCAGACCUGGACUAAAGCAUCCGCCAACUCCUGGACGGUCUGUGGUGCAACGUGGCGUUAGUGGAUGGAGCGAGACAUGAUGUCCCAGACGUGCUCAAUUGGAUUCAGGUCUGGGGAACGGGCGGGCCAGUCCAUAGCAUCAAUGCCUUCCUCUUGCAGGAACUGCUGACACACUCCAGCCACAUGAGGUCUAGCAUUGUCUUGCAUUAGGAGGAACCCAGGGCCAACCGCACCAGCAUAUGGUCUCACAAGGGGUCUGAGGAUCUCAUCUCGAUACCUAAUGGCAGUCAGGCUACCUCUGGCGAGCACAUGGAGGGCUGUGCGGCCCCCCAAAGAAAUGCCACCCCACACCAUGACUGACCCACCGCCAAACCGUGUGAUUGACUUGGAGUUACAUUGUGUUGUUUAAGUGUUCCCUUUAUUUUUUUGAGCAGUGUAUUUCUUGAACUAUUUUGGAAAGCAUCUUAGAUGUAGCCUAGUUGGAGGCCUACAGCGUUCUUGAAUUCCUAUCACUAGAUUUAGUAAAUAAGUAUAUAUAUAUAUAUUUUUUUAUACCGAUAGUCAUUCUGGUUACUAGGUUAAAUGUUGGUCAAUAAGCAUUCGACAUCUAGUGGUAAUCUAGCAGUAAUACAUGAUGGGGGGGAUUGACCUUGGGUGUACAUUCAAUUUUGUAAAACAUUUUAGUAAUUUAGCAGACGCUCUUAUCCAGAGCAACUUACAGUAGUGAGUGCAUACAUUUUGGUACUAUUUCAUAUUGGUCCCCUGUGGGAAUCAAACCCACAAGCCUGGCGUUGCAAGCGCCAUGCUUUACCAACUGAGCCACAUGGGAAGAAUACAUGGUGUCAGCAUUACAUGGUUACUCACACACAGCUCACCACAGGGCAUCUUUGUUCUGAAGUGUGUUCACCACACUCACAAUCCACCCAAGUUUAUUAGCUAAUUUAACGACGAAUGCUUGCCACAUAAUGGACACUUUCAGAGUGAAAAUGUGAAUUGUUUUCUUUUGUCUUAUCACAGAUGCCUGUCCUAUACCAUGUCUAACUGUUUCUCUGGUGUGUUUCUCCAGGAGUACCAUGGCAGAGGCUGUGCAGAACCACGUCAGGUCCCUCAACUGGGGUCACCGUGUCCAGCUUCAGGACAAGUGAGUGACACCCCCUUACCUACAGCCACUGUAUACCAUAGAUUCUGUUGUAGACUUGGGCAGUGAUUUUAAACAUACAUACCUGCGUUUUGCAGACCUUUUUUGUUAUGACCUGUUGGUACACAGAGGUUACAGCGAUUCGGGGAUCAAUUGUAAAUAAAUGGUAUGCUAAAUUGCAUGCAGUGCUCUGACUGAAUGGCUACAGGGCUAAACAGGUGUUUCCCUGCCUGUAUGUGCCCACACUCUCACAACAGAUGUUCACAUUGUGCAACCAAAUCUCAUAUUGUAUUAUACCCAGUUUAAUAGAAGACAGCUUUUAGCAAUCUAGGCUUUACCUAUCUCAGCCAAACCCUGUCUUUGCGCAAGAUCUCCCAUGAGUCUUCCUGUGGCGUUUGCGCUGGCAUAAUAUUUGUGUUCGACAGGAAGGUGAAGUAUCUGAACAUUAAAGGAAGUCUGGUGGACGAGCACACGGUCAAAGGGUUAACCAGGACUGGAAAAGAGGUAACACUAAUUUAAACUGGGAGUUAAUGACAACAUUUUAAAAUGUUCACCAUAUCUGUUUUUUUUUUAAAUUAAUUGCUGUUUCACACAAUUAUAAGGAAUAUAAUUUCAACACUGCCAUAUAUUUUUUUCAUACUGAAGUUGUUAUCAUGUCGCUCCACCUUGUCUGGCAGAUUAUGCUGACUGCUAAGAACAUUGUGAUUGCCACUGGGGGGCGGCCAAAGUACCCCACACAUGUAAGUAUUAACCUCUUUCCUUCUCCAUCCUCUCCCUCUAUCCCGUUCUCCGUCUGUAUGGUGUCCUUGCCCAGUAAACAGCUGCUGAUAACACCACAGUGGAUCUGGAGCUUUUGAUGGCAUGGUGGUAAAACAUGUCUGUCUCUGGGUGGUGGAGGGAGGUUGUGUCUGGUUCUGCAUCCCAAAUGUCACCCUACCUAUUCACUAUUUGGUGUACUACCAAAGUGCACUACAUAGGGAACAGAGUACCAUUUGGGACACACGCUGGGUCUGAGGCCUCCCUCUAUGUGGUGUAGCACAAGCUGCUGCGCACUGUCUGUUGAUAACAAACUAACAAGGAACAAAGACAACCUUCCUCAUCUGUCCAACGGAGCUGAUCUUUUACCAGAGGCUGUACUGAGAAUUGUAUGAUUCAAACGGACACGUGUUGUUGUUGUGUUGAACUGUUCUAUUUCCUGUGUUGUAGAUCCCUGGAGCGAUUGAGCACGGCAUCACUAGUGAUGAUAUCUUCUGGCUGAAGGAGUCCCCUGGCAAGACGUGAGUGGUACAUCCUGUGACUAGGGCUGUGGCGGUCAUGACAUUUUGUCAGCCGGUGAUUGUCAAGCAUAUAACUGCCGGUCUCGCGGUAAUUGACCAGUAAUUAACAUAAACACAUUUAGCAUCUCCUUGCUUCCACGCAUAGCCUACAAGCCACUGAUACAGACCUUUGGAACAUGAGGUGUGCGACUAUGAUUUGAAAAAGUCACACACAAAAAGGAAUGCACUGUUUAUUUUCUUACUGCACACAAACUGGGCAUUAUUCACAAGUGAUAAUAUAUAAUUCACAAGUGAUAGGCUAAUAUUGUCACCCAUCAGACUAUUCUUGAUUUAAUCUUGUCUUUACAUAUACUAAAUAAUAUAUGUGUGAAAUUAGUUUUGAUUUAGAAUGGACCAUUGGGGGCAGGGGAAAAAAAUACAGGUCAUCUAUGCACUUACUGUAAAUAGCGAAUGGAGGACACUUUUCCCGUGGUUCAUUUUCAUGCCAUCCAGGUAGGCAAUACUCCUGUUGUAAAGCGAAGCAAUGUGCUUAAUAUUAGGAAAGUUUAGAAAUAAAUAUAGUAGGCCUAGCCUAUAGAAAGUUGAUGGGAUCCUCCUCUUUUUAAUAGAGGCCAUCAAAACUCUGUUCUCUGACGCAAUUGCAUAGUCUAUGGAAAUGUAGUGCAACAUGAGCUCAUGGGCUCUCAUGAAGUGUUUGAUUCGAUUUUUGAUUACAUUUGCAUUGAUGUCAAGAUUGAUUAUACGGACAAUAGAGUGCUGAGUACCAGGCAGUUAGCAAGUUUGGUAGGCUACUAAUGACCAUCAGCAGCAUCAGAGCUUGGAGAAGCCUAGUGACCGUGACUAAACAGUCACUUGGAAUUUGACUCCGGUCAUGACUCGUGACCGCCGGUGUGGCGGUAAUUCGGUCACGCUAACAGCCCUACAGUGAGGGAAAAAAGUAUUUGAUCCCCUGCUGAUUUUGUAUGUUUGCCCACUGACAAAGACAUGGUCAUUCUAUAAUUUUAAUGGUAGGUUUAUUUGAACAGUGAGAGACAGAAUAACAACAAAAAAAUCCAGAAAAACGCAUGUCAAAAAUGUUAUAAAAUUAUUUGCAUUUUAAUGAGGGAAAUAAGUAUUUGACCCCUCUGCAAAACAUGACUUAGUACUUGGUGGCAAAACCCUUGUUGGCAAUCACAGAGGUCAGACGUUUCUUGUAGUUGGCCACCAGGUUUGCACACAUCUCAGGAGGGAUUUUGUCCCACUCCUCUUUGCAGAUCUUCUCCAAGUCAUUAAGGUUUCGAGGCUGACGUUUGGCAACUCAAACCUUCAGCUCCCUCCACAGAUUUUCUAUGGGAUUAAGGUCUGGAGACUGGCUAGGCCACUCCAGGACCUUAAUGUGCUUCUUCUUGAGCCACUCCUUUGUUGCCUUGGCCGUGUGUUUUGGGUCAUUGUCAUGCUGGAAUACCCAUCCACGACCCAUUUUCAAUGCCCUGGCUGAGGGAAGGAGGUUCUCACCCAAGAUUUGACGGUACAUGGCCCCGUCCAUCGUCCCUUUGAUGCGGUGAAGUUGUCCUGUCCCCUUAGCAGAAAAACACCCCCAAAGCAUAAUGUUUCCACCUCAAUGUUUGACGGUGGGGAUGGUGUUCUUGGGGUCAUAGGCAGCAUUCCUCCUCCUCCAAACACGGCGAGUUGAGUUCAUGCCAAAGAGCUCGAUUUUGGUCCCAUCUGACCACAACACUUUCACCCAGUUCUCCUCUGAAUCAUUCAGAUGUUCAUUGGCAAACUUCAGACGGGCCUGUAUAUGUGCUGUCUUGAGCAGGGGGACCUUGCGGGCGCUGCAGGAUUUCAGUCCUUCACGGUGUAGUGUGUUACCAAUUGUUUUCUUGGUGACUAUGGUCCCAGCUGCCUUGAGAUCAUUGACAAGAUCGUCCCUUGUAGUUCUGGGCUGAUUCCUCACCGUUCUCAUGAUCAUUGCAACUCCACGAGGUGAGAUCUUGCAUGGAGCCCCAGGCUGAGGGAGAUUGACAGUUCUUUUGUGUUUCUUCCAUUUGCGAAUAAUCGCACCAACUGUUGUCACCUUCUCACCAAGUUGCUUGGCGAUGGUCUUGUAGCCCAUUCCAGCCUUGUGUAGGUCUACAAUCUUGUCCCUGACAUCCUUGGAGAGCUCUUUGGUCUUGGCCAUGGUGGAGAGUUUGGAAUCUGAUUGAUUGAUUGCUUCUGUGGACAGGUGUUUUUUAUACAGGUAACAAACUGAGAUUAGGAGCACUCCUUUUAAGAGUGUGCUCCUAAUCUCAGCUCAUUACCUGUAUAAAAGACACCUGGGAGGCAGAAAUCUUUCUGAUUGAGAGGGGGUCAAAUACUUAUUUCCCUCAUUAAAAUGCAAAUCAAUUUAUAACAUUUUUGACAUGCGUUUUUCUGGAUUUUGUUGUUGUUAUUCUGUCUCUCACUGUUCAAAUAAACCUACCAUUAAAAUGAUAGACUGAUCAUUUCUUUGUCAGUGGGCAAACGUACAAAAUCAGCAGGGGAUCAAAUACUUUUUUCCCCUCACUGUACCAGUAACACACACAUACCAUGCAAUACUGUACAUCAGCUGUUAACUGUGCCAUGUACACAGACCGCUCGGUCAUGGUGACCCAUCCAGGACACAGAGACGGUUCUACUAAGUGUUCUUCUCCUGACUCGGAUUAGCUGUGUGUGUGUUUCCUGACCUUUGCUGAACACAUCUCUAAUCCAGCCAUCUAAACCCUGUCAUCACCUGUCUAAUUGGCCUCUCCAAACCAUUUCCACUUGGCACAAAAUGGAGGUUGAGUUUAAUGUUUGUUCAUGUAACUGUACAGUGUGCCUCCAGUGUAGAGCAGCGGGAUGAGUUAUGAGUCAUCCACUCAUCGAAAGUCCUUGCUAAUAUGCAGAAUGAAGAUAAUCUACAAUAGAUUUCCAUCCUCAACACUCAUUUGCUUCCCGUUUUCCUCUCCACUUUAGUCAGGUAGCCUAGCGGUGCAGAGUGUUGGGCCAGUAACCGAAAGGUCGCUGGUUUGAAUCCCAGAGUCGACUAGGUGAAAAAUCUGUCAAUGUGCCCUUUAGCAAGGCACUUAACCCUAAUUGCUCCUGUAAGUCGUUCUGGAUAAGCGCGUCGGCUAAAUGACUACAAUGUAUACUGAACAAAAAUAUAAACGCAACAUGUAAAGUGUUGGUCCCAUGUUUCAUGAAGUGAAAAAAAUAAUAAUUACAUCCCUGUUAGUGAGCAUUUCUCCUUUGCCAAGAUAAUCUAUCCACCUAAGAGGUGUGGAAUAUCAAGAAGCUGAUUAAACCUUAUGAUCAUUACACAGGUGCACCUUGUGCUGGGGACAAUAAAAGGCCACUCUAAAAUGUGGCGUUUUGACACACAACACAAUGCCACAGAUGUCUCAAGUUGAGGGAGCGUGCAAUUGGCAUGCUGACUGCAGGAAUGUCCACCAGAGCUCUUGCCAGAGAAUUGAAUGUUAAUUUCUCUACCAUAAGCUCCCUCCAACGUCGUUUUAGAGAAUUUGGCAGUAUGUCCAACCGGCCUCACAACCGCAGACCAUGUGUAACCACGCCAGCCCAGGACUUCCACAUCCGGCUUCUUCCCCUGCGAGAUCGUCUGAGACCAGCCACCCGGACAGCUGAUGAAACUGAGGAAUAUUUCUGUUUGUAAUGAAGUGCUUUUGUGGGGAAAAACUCAUUCUGAUUGGCUGGGCCUGGCUCCCCAGUGGGUGGGCCUAUGCCCUCCCAGGCCCACCCAUGGCUGCGCCCCUGCCCAGUCAUGUGAAAUCCAUAGAUUAGGGCCUAAUUUAUAUAUUUCAAUUGGCUGAUUUCCUUCUAUAAACUGUAACUCAGUAAAGUCGUAUUUAUAUUUUUGUUCAGGUAUAUAUAUACAGUAUUUCCCCUGUGCCAAACAAGGCUGUCUUCUAGCGUUCUACCACUAGAGGGCGAUAUGAACUCGUACUGUAGAGUCCAUUCUAAGACAAUGCCACUCUCUGCGUGUAACGUGUUUCUCUGAAUUGUCCUUCCCCUCUUUCAGCAUCUUUUCUAAGCAAUUAUCACAAAUAUUUGCUCACAGCUUUUAAUGGAGCUUUCAAGUGAGUGGAAAGAGCACUUGAGUCCAGGAAACCCUUUAUGUGAGUGGGCCUUAGGUAGCGGGGCCUUAGGUAGCGGGUAGUGGGGCUGAUAGAUAGGGGCCUACUGUUAGUGAUCUCUGCCCUCAGGGUACUAGGGGUUAGCAUUAGCAGGCCCUCCCGUGGCGCUCCUCUCUUCAGACUGAGGAGGAGCUGUGUGUUGAGGAGCUGUUGACUAGUUGUUGUGCUGCUCUGAGCUGGCAGCUGUGCAGGUGGGGUCUGAGAGGGUGUUUGAGUUGACAGGCUGGCGGAGGUAGUGGAUGGCUCCAGGUGAGUGAUGAGUGCCUCAGAGGGACUGGAGCACGCUCGCUCGCACACUCACACACACCAGAGAGAUGAAGUGUAGACAUGAGUGUAAUAUGUUUUAUGUAGACUUUUAUUGCAGUAUGUAAUGCACCGUAUUUCCAUUUUCUAGGAUUCUAUAUUUAUUUAUUCUAUGUUUCCAUUCAAAAUGAAUUCCAGUGCUAAAGGGCAGUGAACCAGGCUUGCAAUGUGCUGUGGUUUGUCAUCCUUUAGAGCAGCUGAGGAAAUGAGUCUGUGAUGACAAGAUGCAAGAUCAAAAGCACCCAGUGAGACAAUUGUAACCCAUUAUUAUCCUUUCUUGCUCUGUAGUCACUACAGUGUGUUAGGGAGUUGAGUUCACAUCCUGUAUCUUUGUAUUUGGAUUCAGAUCAAGUCUGCUGCCCAUAGAACUCUCCCCUCUUAGGAACACUUGUGAAAGAGCUCUGUUGUUGCAGCAAGCAUAGCAGACACACUGGAGGAGGACACUGAUUCACUUAUCUCUUGUCUGGACUGCUGAAGACUGCUCCAAGGUUAUGAGAAAGAGACUGAGGCAAAUUCUUAACUACCACAGUCCAACAUACUCCUACAUUCAUUAAGGUGGCUUUUGAUUUGUAUGUGUGGUUAAUACACAAGCCCUAAACAUUUGAUAGUGUUAUCUUUGUUGUAGGUUUCUCCCGAGUGGCGCAGUGGUCUAAGGCACUGCAUCUCAGUGCUUGAGGCGUCACUACAGACUCCCUGGUUCGAUUCCAGGCUGUAUCACAACCGGCCGUGAUUGGGAGUCCCAUAGGGCGGCGCACAAUUGGCCCAGCGUCGUCCGGGUUUGGCCUGUGUAGGCCGUCAUUGUAAAUAAGAAUUUGUUCUUAACUGACUUGCCUAGUUAAAUAAAGGUAAAAUAAAAAAUAAAAAUCCUUGUUAUCCUUCAGCUGAGUCCAGUAACAUUUGCAGGUCAGAUACUGUAUUACUAUGUCCUCUCACUGGAUCCCAUCCCUCUGUAGUUCCUUGUUUCACAAGCAGCCAUCCCCCGUUCACGCCUGGAUGCAGUAUUUUUGAGACCCACCUGUGAGGUUGUACCUACUGUAUGUACAUUGAACACCUCCACCCAUGCUUUCAGACACCGCCAUCAGGAUGAUGGAGAAAUAAAUAUCCCAGAGACACUCUGACAUACAAUAUAACCAAGCAUAAACCCAGCCAGGGAAAGGAGAUGUCUCAGUGAUGAAAGUGUGGAAUCAGGCUAAAGCUCCUAGCCUAAUCCCUCCCUAAGCCACCUCAAAAUGUUGCACUAAUUGCAGAUGUGCAUUAGGUUGACGGGAGGAGCGGAUACUGGUGCUCCCAGCGCUAGCAUGUGGGGGGGGGGCCUCGGCCGGGCCUGUGUGUGCACCAGGCUCCCUGAGCUGUCAGGGCCUGGGCCAAGGUAGGGAAUCCUGAGGUGGGGGAGCCCUGGAGGGAUAGAGGGUGGGAGGGAGAGGGAAAUGCUCUCCAUGCGGGUGACAGGCAUCACUCAGCGGAGUGAUGUGUGGACUGAGUCCUGAACACGGAAACAUCGCACACCCCAUCCCCAGGGAUUAGUCUGAAUGCUAGCAAUUAGCUCCACAAACAACAGGGGGAGCUCAGGGCUGGAUUAGAGGUGUUAUUCACCUGGCCCACACACACAGAGAAAGACACACAGAUACACGCACACACACACACACACACACACACACACACACACACACAGAGAGAGACACAGACCAAAUCCGCCACCCCCUUCGUCUUUUUCUCUCUUAUGCAUCCCCACCCUGCAUAUCUUUCUCUGCCUCUCUCUCUCCACUGUUUACUGUAAUGGGACCUUCGAUGUUCGAACAGCAUUUUCAUCACUUUUAAAUUCGACACAUUCAGAGUAAACAUUUUUGUUUUGUUUAGCACAGUAUUCAAGAUAAUUUGAAAGAAAAUGUAUGAAUGAAUAUAGUGUAUCAUAUAGAAAAGCACAUAUACCUGUACUAUGUAACCUCCAACAUAUACCUGUACUAUACACUAUAUAUACAAAAGUAUGUGGACACCCCUUCAAAUUAGUGGAUUCUGCUAUUUCAGUCACACCCGAUGCUGACAGGUGUAUAAAAUCGAGCACACAGCCAUGCAAUCUCCGUAGACAAACAUUGGCUGUAGAAUGGCCUUACUGAAGAGCUCAGUGACUUUCAACGUAGCACUGUCAUAGGAUACCACCUUUCCAACAAGUCAGUUUGUUACAUUUCUGCCCUGCUAGAGCUGCCCCGGUCAACUGUAAGUGCUGUUAUUGUGAAGUGGAAACAUCUAGGAGCAACAACGGCUCAGCCGCGAAGUGGUAGGCCACACAAGCUCACAGAAUGGGACCGGCAAGUGCUGAAGCGCGUAGCGCGUAAAACUUGUCUGUCCUCGGUUGCAACACUCACAACCGAGUUCAAAACUGCCUCUGGAAGCAAAGUCAGCACAAGAACUGUUCGUCGGGAGCUUCAUGAAAUGGGUUUCCAUGGCUGAGCAGCUGCACACAAGCCUAAGAUUGCCAUGCGCAAUGCCAAGCGUCGGCUGGAGGUCCCGUGUAGCUCAGUUGGUAGAGCAUGGCGUUUGCAACGCCAAGGUUGUGGGUUCGAUUCCCACGGGGGGCCAGUAUGAAAAAUGUAUGCACUCACUAACUGCAAGUCGCUCUGGAUAAGAGCGUCAUGCUAAAUGACUAAACACGUUCUCUGGAGUGAUUAAUCACGCUUCACCAUCUGGCAGUCCGACGGACUAAUCUGGGUUUGGCGGAUGCCAGGAGAACACUACCUGCCCCAAUGCAUAGUGCCAACUGUAAAGUUGGAAUAAUGAGGAGGAAUAAUGAUCUGGGGCUGUUUUACAUGGUUUGGGCUAGGCCCCUUACUUCCAGCGAAAGGAAAUCAACACUACAGCAUACAAUGACAUUCUAGAUGAUUCUGUGCUUCCAACUUUGUGGCAACAGUUUUUGAAAGGCCCUUUCCUGUUUUAGCAUGACAAUGCCCCCGUGUACAAAGCAAGGUCCAUACAGAAAUAGUUUGUCAAGAUCAGUGUGAAAGAACUUGACUGGCCUGCACAGAGUCCUGACCUUAACCCCAUCGAACACCUUUGGGAUGAAUUGGAAUGCAGCGAGCCAGGCCUAAUCGCCCAACAUCAGUGCCCGACCUCACUAAUGCUCUUAUGGCUGAAUGGAAGCAAGUCCCUGCAGCAAUGUUCCAACAUCUAGUGGAAAGCCUUCCCAGAAGAGUGGAGGCUUUUAUAACAGCAAAGGGGGGACCAACUCCAUAUUAAUGCCAAUGAUUUUGGAAUGAGAUGUUUGACGAGCUGGUGUCCACAUACUUUUGGUAAUGUAGUGUAUAACCUCCAACAUAUAACUGUACUAUAUAACCUCCAAGAGAAAGCUUUUAAUUGAAAACAUGUAAGAUUAAUGAAUUUCUUUGUUUUUACCUUUCAGACUUGUAGUUGGUGCCAGCUGUAUCCUUUUGACUGUGCUUGAACAUGAGUCACUGGUUACACUGUGUAGUGUCACAGUGAGUUGUUGUGGAGCAUGUGACUUGCCUGGCCCUAAUGUUGAAGGCAAAAAGUGGUGAAUUGCAGGUCGUGGUGACCCCGUCUUCCUAGACUGGGUGACCCCACAGUCUAUCUCUACCUGUUAUGCUCCGGUUUCUCAGUUGUCAAAUGUGCUUUAACUAAAGAUAGACAAGGUUCCUCUAUGAGAGCGUUUGUGUUGUUCUGUUUUCCUGAACACUGGGAUGAAGAUGUGGCCCUGGAGUGUGCUGGCUUCCUGACAGGUAUUGGGCUGGACACCACAGUCAUGGUGCGCAGCAUCCCCCUCCGGGGCUUUGAUCAGGUACUGCUGCUCUUUUGGCAUUUUUUUAUAGCUUGUACACUAUUUCAAAUAAUUUCUUAUUUGUCUAUACAUGUUUAUUAUACAGUACUGUCUGUUGAUUAAACUGUAGCCACAAUUCAAGUUUUAGAGAUAUGUAUGAAGUCAAAGUAUAAUUUAUCACUGUUAUUUUAUAGAUUUAUUUUGUUGUCUACUGAUGGUAUUGGGGGCUUUCCUUUACAAAUCUAAGUUUGGAAUAAUGCUUCUCCCAAGUUGGAGUGCUGGAAAGGAAACGACCUGUAUUUCCCUCUUGUGUGUGCUGCAGCAAAUGGCAGGGCUAGUGACAGACCAUAUGGAGGCCUAUGGCACCAAGUUCUCCUGGAGGAAUGUCCCUAAGAGAGUGGACAAGCUGUCAUCUGGGGCGCUGCAGGUGACCUGGACAGACAAACAGACAGGAAAGGACCAACAGGACACCUUCGACUCUGUGCUGUGGGCCGUAGGUGAGUGUGUCUGGGGAGGAAGAUAAUUGUCACACAAAUUACUACAUUAGGGUAUUACUGUUUGAAAGAAGUCCCUACCAUUUUAGUAGUAGCUGCAAUCACGUGUGUUAAGUAGGCCACAUAACAUACAAUAGGCUAUGCAACGACGUAUCCUGAGAUAAUGUAUCAGUUGAACUACUCGUCGUCCUCCCUUUCCAUUUGUUUUAUUGUCAUCCACAAUAGAGUGCAUUGUCAGCAGACUGAGAGGGUAUCAAGCUCAAAAACAAGGUAAUAAAGUGUGAGUGAUGGAAUCACCAGGGGAAGUGUUAAUCACCCAGCCCAGUGCUGGGUCCUGGUCCUGGGUUCUGGCUCAGGAGGGGAGCAGGAUGCACCCAGGCACGGGGUCACUGCAUUCCCUCCUUUGUUCUCCCACUCUGCUCUGGGCUUUCCUGCCCGUCGUGCCAGCCGUGCGGAAACCAGGCUGCCCGGCCGCACCACCUCAUCCACCCCGCAGCAUCUGCACAGCCGGCCCUGUCUGUCUGCGGCUCUGCGCACCCACCAGACCUCUCUCGCACAGUUAUUUUCUCUCUUUAUCACACCAUGUCAUUUCUCUCAUUCCGCCAACCAGCACAAUGGAGGGAACUUCCACCUGGCUGCCCAGCCGACGUUUAUUUGUGUUGAGAUGGUCCCAAAACCUGACCUUACACCACACUGAGUCCCAGCAGUGUGUGUGUACCAGCCAGGACAGUACCAGCCAGGACAGUACCAGCCAGGACAGGCUAGGGCGGGUGUCUCUCUCUCUGCCUGUGCGUGUGACAGGGACCAGGAUAUGGGUGACCUUUAUGGAGAGAUUACGUUCUUCCCGCCCUGGCAGGUUGCUGGGGGAAUAUGAACAUCAAGGCACAGUGUCGAGUCUGUCGAGUCACUGCACUCAAAAUACCCAGACCUUGAGACUAAUGGGAAAUUGGCAGCAGGAACAAUAUUUUCAGAGUUGUUAUAUUUCAGUGGAUAGACAUUCUUCAUGGUUGAGAUGGUGCAAGCAGUGCAGGUCUCACAUCCUCCCCUGCCCUCUGUGUAUGUGGGUUAUUGGUUGUAAGAGGAAUAUGACUUUAUUAAUACCUGAUUGCUACCUUACAUUACUACCUUACGGUAUAGGCUAUAGUCUAUUGCGGGCUUUACCCUGGUGUUGUCGUGCAGGGCAAUGAGUACAUCUACAUCCACUCCUGGGCCUCUGCUUUGAAGUGUGUCUGUAUGUCUGUCUGUCUGACUGUGGGAGUUAUGAGUGGGCCUCUCUCCACUUCCUCAAUGUGCCCUUUACACUACAGGUCAGACUGGGUCUGUGCCCUCAGUGGAGCUAUAAAAGACUGUGGGUGUGUCCUGAUUCUCCACCCUUUUCUCAAAGAGUGCACUUGCAUACUUCCCGUCAUGGAUUUAACAAUGGUGGAAACUCCCUCUAGCCAAUGAUUACACUUGCAUUGAUUAAUGCUUGUAAAUCAAUGAUGGAAAGUGUGCAAGUGCAGUGAACUACUCAGAGGGAGGGAUAGGAGGCUGGUGUUGGUGGUCUGUUCCAGUCCUGUAGCUAUAGCUGCUUCUCCAUGCUCAGCCUUCCCAACCCCAAGGCCUAUCCUUCCUCAGGACUGCACCCUAGGCCAGGUGGCCAAUUGCACAGAGGAGGAAACAGCGUAUUUCCUCUGGGUGUACAACACAACUCUUCUCUCCCACCUAUUUGUGUUACCCCAACCCUUUUCCUCUCAGAUUUUGAGAGGGACACCAAAAGAGGUUGAAGUUUGUGUGAUGCAUAUGCCUCCAUAUGAACUGAAGUAGUUGGAUGUGAAGCCUCUCUGAGAGAAGCCUACUCCCAAUACUCAGAAAAGUCUCUCUGAGCCAAAGUGCGGAAUCUGAUACAAUCAUAUCUCUCUUAUGCUCAUUUUAGGCCUUAAAUAGACUGCCUUCUCAGAAAACUAUUUUUGGAGACAAAAUCAUUGAUUUCCCCAAAAUGCAGUCUGUCAUUAUUUUCUCUUAUCUAUGUUCAUUUGAUUGAUGUAAAAAGCUGCCAUGUAGGCCUAGCUGGUCUCAUUUCAAGUCGUGCCAGAAAGCUUGUUGUGGCUAAUUAGCUGUUGGGUCUUGAGAUUUCCUCUGUGUGCUACAACAGUCAUUGUUCAGCAUAGUCCUAUCAGGCCUGCCUGUCAUUGGCUGUCAUUGCCCCUGUGUGUGGCUCCACACUCACUGAAGGCUCUUAUCAGCAGACCCUCUGUUGUUGUGUCCACACCACACAAUGGAACAGUGGCACUCCAACAGUCUCCAAUCCUAGAGGGAGAAACCCAGUUAGGCAGGAAAGGCCAGUCGUGAGUGGCUCUAGUAGCCUAGUCUAUACAUAUAGAGAACAGACUGGAUAUUAGUCUAGGAUAGCCCUCCUGACUCCAGUCUCAGUGGUGGUUGGUAGAACUGAGCUGUGAUUUGGUAGGGUGGGGCAAGACCUCCUAAGAACCAACUUUUUGUAAACACAACUCAUGCUACAAUGUCCAACUAUGCACUGUCUCUUAGGUAAGGUAAUCAUGCAGUGUGCUCUCCCGCUGGUAUACAUAAAAAAAGAUCGAUAUACUUUGAGAAAGGCAGUCGUGACAGGUAGAGAUCCCUGUGUUAGACCUAGUCUGCAUAGUUGAACACUGGUGGCUCUGCAUGGGCCUUCUAGACUAGCCUAGUGCAACUGCUCCAGGAAAAUAGCUGCUAUGAGCCUCACUGCCUGUCUCUCUACCACCCGUGCUGCAGUAUAGGACAGGUCCCUCGGCCCUCCCAGUCCCAGGUCUGGCUGCAGCGGAGGAAGUUGUGCCUCGGCUCCAGCCAGGAAAAGGGUCUUGUUGGGGUUUGUUAUUCUUGUCGUCCGAUAGCAUCUACGUGGGUACCUCUGGGCCCUACCAAGAAGGGGGGGGGGGGUUAUUGUGUUACCCAGGCAGGGAGUGAGAAGGUGGGGAGGAGAGGGGGAAGAGGAGGGAGGCAGAGAGCCUCGACUAGGUCCUGGCCGGGCUGCAGGGGUGCUUGGUGCUCACCAUCGCCAUAGAGAUGGGGUGACGAGAUGGGCAAGCGUUGACAGCAUCAGUCAACCGUACCGCAGGAAGUGGCAGAAAUGACAACCAGCACCCCAGGUGGCUGAUGGGAUGCCUUCCUAUCCCCCGCCAGCUCAUUAUUCACUCCGCCACCAAAAGACUCCCUCGCUCCCCCUCUCCCAGCUGUGCAGAUGUUUUUUCUUCUAAUUGCUGGAUAAGAUUUGCCUCUUUCUUUGUGUUGGAUGGAGAGUCGCAGGACAUGCCUUUAAGUUAAACCCUUAGCGUGCCAACUCAAUGGUAUGUGUUAUGAACACUGAGCAACAGUUUGAUUUUUUCUAAGAAUCUUAAGAUUCCCGUAACCUCCCCUCUCUCUCUUAAUGUGUAAUAUAAUAUUGAGUUUCUGUCUUUGAUUUCCUCCGUUUGACCAUAGGCAGAGCCCCUGAAACUAAAACUCUCAGCCUGGAGAAAGUUGGCGUCAAGCUCAACAAGGAGUCGGGGAAAAUACUUGUGGCUGCUGACGAAUCCACAUCUGUGCCGAACAUCUACGCUUUUGGCGAUAUCGGCGAGGUAGGUGUUGAUCAUGUCCGUCAUCCUCACAGCGUACCCACCCAGCCUUAAAACACCAACAUGAACCUCUUCAGGAAUGUAUGGAAGACUGAAAUGAAUAGGCCUACCAAGGCGAUACUUUAUGCAAGAAACCAUUGGGAUGCAAAAAGUUGAAAUUAUACUGUAGUUCGCUCUUCAAUCCCAAAUGAUUGAGCUAGAUGGACACCAUCUAAUUUCAUCACUUCAGAUGUUGCCUAUCUUUCCAAUUCAUUUGAGAUUUAAGCAUAUAGCUGGAGCUACACAACAGAUGGCGUGGGACACGGACUCCUCUCAAACUACUGUACUGCUUAUCACAAUACUCUUUCUACAUGUAUCAAAUGUCAGUCCUGUCUUUUAAUGAGGCCAGCUGUGGAUUUCCUAACUUCAACAGGCCUCUUCAGACAGUUAGAUUGACACAGGCCUUUGAUGAGUCACUCUUAGCCCUGAUGCCUGUCAUCUUUCCACAUACUGGGAGACUUUUUAAAAGGGGGUGGAUUGAUAUUUAAGUCUAUGUCCAAACAGAGCACCUUUUUGUGUUGAGACAUUGAAGAGCACCUGUGGACUGCCAAGAAAUGCAUUACUAUGACGCAGACUGAAGUAGUGUGUAAACACAAUUACGGAAAUAGCACCACACACACCUCCAGCGCUGGAGGAGCUGUCUUAGACACCAGGAUGUGCAGCAGCGGUGGUAAUCAAACUGGUUGCUCUAGAUGUACACCAGCCCCUGUCAUCUGGACAAACAGGUGGCAGAGCUGCAGGGUGAAUUCUUUCUGAAAGCAUGAAUUAAAGGGAUACUUCGGGAUUUUGGCAAUGAUGCCCUUUAUCUACUUCCCCUUAGUUGGAUGAACUUGUGGAUAGCUUUUUUAUGUCUCUUUGUCCAGUAUGAAGGAAGUUAGAGGUAGUUUCAUGAGCCAAUGCUAACUAGCGUUAGUGCAAUGACUGGAAGUCUAUGGUAUCUAGUAGGCUUUGUGGAAGUAGAUAAAGGGCCUUAUUGCCAAAAUCCCAAAGUAUCCCUUUAAGUCAUGCUUUCAGAAAGAAUUCACCCUGCAGCUCUGCCACCUCCUGUAUUGUUAAAUUGUAUGUAGGUGUUUGUACAGAUGACAGGGGCUGGCGUACAUCCAGAGCUACAGGGUGCAUCCCAAAUGGCACCCUAUUCCCUAUAUAGUGCACUACUUUUGACCAGAGCCCUAUGUGAAUAGGGUGACAUUUGGGAUGCAUCCACAGUCAAUUAUAAUCCUCCUCAGUACAUUACAGUACAGUCAGAAGCAGCAUGUUGUGGUAUGCCUUUACACUUGUACCUGUAUACGGGUUGAAAAUGGCAGAUCUGGGCGCUGAUAACCUCCUAAAUUGGAUGGCAGUGGCUGUACAGUGUCAUGCUAUACAUGACGUCAGAGCUCAGGGUCUCCGCUUCACAGUGCUGUAUGGGUUUUGACUGACAGCCGUUCUGGACAUGAGCACCGCAUGCGACAAGAAGUUGCCCCCCAUCCCUCCCGCUAACUGGGCAACUUUUGCAAAUUGUUUUGUUGUCUGAGUGAGGGAAAUGCUGUAAAUUAUGUGGACUCAAUGUAUUUUGAAAGAUGAGACGUUGCGGAUUACAUUUUACAUUACAUUUACAUUUUAGUCAUUUAGCAGACGCUCUUAUCCAGAGCGACUUACAGUUGGUGAAUACAUCUUUUUUUUUAUACUGGCCCCCCGUGGGAAUCAAACCCACAACCCUGGCGUUGCAAACGCCAUGCUCUAUCAACUGAGCUACAUCCCUGCCGGCCAUUCCCUCCCCUACCCUGGACGACGCUGGGCCAAUUGUGCGCCGCCCAUGAGUCUCCCGGUCGCGGCCGGCUGCGACAGAGCCUGGAUUCGAACCAGGAUCUCUAGUGGCACAGUUAACACUGCGAUGCAGUGCCUUAGACCACUGCGCCACUCAAUAAAUACCGCUUUGAUGUCAUACAAGCAAACCAAACACCCUUGAGUCCAAAUGUGCAAUUCCUACGAGUGUAACAAUCAGUUGGGUAGAGUGGGGAAAUUUGACGGAGGAUACAAAAGCUAUGUUUGUUUUUCAGUGUGCUAAGCAGUUACGAAACCUUUAUUAGUCAAUGCCAUUGUCAUGGUUGUGUGUUCAAGCUGGAGGCUACAAGUUAGUCUACACAGGGACAACUGUCCCCUCUCGCUCUCUAAAUAGCGAAAGGGCCUGUGUUAAGGAGGUGCGCUCUGUGACUGUGUGUUUUGUGCGUGGCCUGCAUGCAUACACACUGUCUGUCUGCUUCCCUGUCUGUCUGUCUGUCUGUCUCCUCUCUCUGUUUAUCUGUCUUUGUCUGUCUGUCAGUCUGUCUCUCCGUGUUCUCCUGUCACUCAUUAGCGUUGUUCUGUGUUUCCAGGGUCGACCUGAGUUGACCCCCACAGCCAUUAAGGCAGGGAAGCUCCUCGCCCGCAGGCUUGCAGGCCAGACCAAUGAGCUCAUGAACUACGACAACGUGAGUAGACACACACACACCAAACACACACACUACUCCCAUGCUUUCCCCCCCAUCUCUCUACAGUUGUCUGUAUGCGGCCUUUGAAGUCUUUGUUUUAUGCUUCUGUUUGAGUGUGUUAAAUCAGCUCCACUUCUGUGUAUUGUGGUUUUAAUGCCUAGUCGUUGUUUUCCCUGGAUUAUGCAGCCUGGUCUGACUCAUGGAGUUUUAAUGGGACACACUGCACGUCUUCUGCACCUCUUCCAAAUGUUAAUUCCUAAACCAUUCGUAAUAAGACUUAUUGCUUAAAUGCCUAUUGUUUGUGCUCUAAUUUCAUCUUCGUUCCUUUUUUGUGGUCUUUUGUAGCUUUGUUAUAUUACCAAUGUAUUUUACUCCCAGUGGUAGAUGGUGGGAGAUACAGUAGGUGACAUGACAGGCCUGUAGAAUGGGUCUGCCUAUCUAUGACUUUGUUUGCGUUGCCUUGUUUGCUGUAUCCCUGACUUUCUGUCUGUCCGUUUGCCACCCCACUGGAGAAUUGCUGUGUGGGGCUGUCUAUCAUCAUGUAACAUGAUGUAACAAGACUUUAUGUGCCCUCUGAUUGGUUGUGUUCCUAGGUUGCCACCACAGUGUUCACCCCUCUGGAGUAUGGCUGUGUGGGCCUAUCAGAGGAGGAGGCUGAGAGCAGACAUGGGAAGGACUCCAUAGAGGUACAAUAGACCUCAUCCUAAACCACUAACAUGGUAGCUAGCUGGUAUUCUAACUGAAUGGAGGUCUGCCGAGGUCUGCUGGGGAAGCUUUCAGUUCUUAAAGUAUUGUGAAUCCUGGUGUGCCUCUGUCUACUGCUUUAUACAUUUGUGAAAUAGAAAGUAGUGUGUGUGUGUGUGUGUGUGUGUGUGUGUGUGUGUGUGUGUGUGUGUGUGUGUGUGUGUGUGUGUGUGUGUGUGUGUGUGUGUGUGUGUGUGUGUGUGUGUGUGUGUUGUGUGUGUGUGUGUGUGUGUGUGUGUGUGUGUGUGUGUGUGAUUGCGUGUGCGUUUCGCUCCGUGUGUAUAUGUGUGCAGCAUGCCAGCUGCUAACACCUGCACCCAGAGAGCCCCGGCCUGUUGUAGAGCGAGGUGUUGCUCCACUGUGUGAUUGACAGGUGAGCAGAGGGCCUGAUUGACGUGUGUAUCAGGUGCUGACAGGCCCUGCGUGAUCUAAAGCUCCGCGGCAGGAGAGGUGCACCAUGGGUCCUGACAGCUGCCUGUGUGCAUGGCCCGGCCGGCAACUUGUGUCGGCACGCUCGCUGGCUCAAUAUAAAACACACACCAUGAAACCAGGGUCUGAAAUGGAUCUUUUAAAACGAGCAAAGUGUUUUGAAAACAGUAUUAUAAUUCCAGAUUCAUAGUGAACGAUCUGAUAUGUAAAAUACUUUUACGGACAAAAACACUGGUCUCACUUCGUUUCUUCUUUUUGUUUUUAACAGUAAUUAUGUUGUAACAUUAUUGUAACUAAGUGAUGUCUUGAUAGCAUAAAUGAAUGACAUUAUUGGUGGACUAAUGGACAUGUAUCCCUCUGUUGUUCUCUGUCCAGGUGUACCAUGCCUUCUACAAGCCUCUGGAGUUCACUGUGGCUGAGAGAGAUGCCAGCCAGUGUUACAUAAAGGUCAGAACAGCCCUCAGAGUAGGGUUGCAAAAUUCCAGUACAUUUCCCAAAUUUCCCAGGUAUUCCAGAAAUCCCGGUUGGAGGAUUCCUGGAUUUUCUGCUUAUUCCCUCCUGAUUCCAGGAAUUUUCCAACUGGGAUUUCUGGAAAACCUUAGAAUUUUGGCAAAGUUGCUGGAAUUUUGCAACCUUACCUCAGAUCAUCCCACUGUCACAUACUGCGUAGCCUGUAGUGUGUUGAAAGGCCUUAUGUUGCCUCUGAAGUGAACCCUGGAGGUUUAGGGGGUGUAACGUUGGUUCUCUCACCGCCUAAGGUGGUGUGUAAGCGGGGUGGAGACCAGAGAAUCCUCGGCCUGCACUUCACUGGCCCCAACGCUGGAGAAGUCACCCAGGGCUUUGCUAUGGGCUUCCAGUAAGUCAACCACUCUGCUUGAUGGAGUUAGAUAGGGACUGAAAGUAGAUCAUACAGAUGUUGUAGGGUUGUGGUUAGUUUGUAAGAAACUGCUAAACUGCUAAAAUGCAUAGUUCUCAUACUAACAGAUGUUAGAUCUGUAGAUUCAGUAAUUCAUCAAAAAUGAAUGGAUGUCAUGUACAUUGUAGACUGCAUAUAGGUGAGUAUAUACGUGACAAGGUGAGCCUGAACAAAAAUAUAAACGCAACAUGUAAAGUGUUGGUCCCGUGUUUCAUGAGCUGAAAAUGUUCCAUAUGAGCAAAAAGUUAUUUCUCUCAAAUUUUGUGCACAAAUUUGUUUACAUCCCUGUUAGUGAGCAUUUCUCCUUUGCCAAGAUAAUCCAUCCACCUGGCAGGUGUGGCAUAUCAAGAAGCUGAUUAAACAGCAUGAUCAUUACACAGGUGCACCUUGUGCUGGGGACAAUAAAAAUACACUUUAAAAUGUGCAGUUUUGUCACACAACACAAUGCCACAGAUAUCUCAAGUUUUGGGGGAGCGUGCAAUUGGCCACCAGAGCUGUUUCCAGAUAAUUGAAUGUUAAUUUCUCUACCAUAAGCUGCCUCCAACAUCGUUUUAGAGAAUUUGGCAGUACUUCCAACCGGCCUCACAACCACAGACCACAUGUAACCACGCCAUUGGCUGAUCCUGGCUCUAUAGUGGGUGGACCUGGCUGCCAAGUGGGUGGGCCUAUGCCCUCCCAGGCCCACCCAUGGCUGCACCCCUGCCCAGUCAUGUGAAAUCCAUAGAUUAUGGCCUAAUGAAUUUAUUUCAGUUGACUGAUUUCCUUAUCUGAACUGUAACUCAAUAAAAUCUUUGCAAUUGAUGCAUGUUGCGUUUAUAUUUUUGUUCAGUAUAGUAAGAGAAACCUAAAGAUGGGAGAAUGGGUGGUUCUGUCAGGACAGGAGUCGGUAGUAUGAAUGAGAUGUCUGUGUCUGUCUGUCUCUCCAGGUGUGGGGCCACCCUCACUCACCUGAUGGAGACAGUGGGGAUCCACCCCACUUGUGCCGAGGAGCUAACCAAAGUCAACGUCAGCAAGCGCUCAGGGCUGGACGCCACGGUUACUGGCUGCUGAGGUUAAGCACCCCCUUCUCUGAACACACCUGAGCACACGGGAAGGAACCUCCUCGUAGAGACAGGGAAUGUGUCCCAAAUGGCACCCUCUUCCUUAUGUAGUGCACUACUUU